UCUCUCUCUCUCUCUCUGUAUAAUGGCACAGCAUUACCUGCCCUCAUUUCUUUAUUCAGUAAGCCUUAUGAAGUGCCAGGAGACUCAGCCAUGAGGUGGCGAGGAUACACAUACAGCAAUUAUAUACCGUGAUUUUUACAGUCUCUGUAAUGAAACUGCCGUGAUCAAGCAAGAAAUCGUUUUGGAAUUUGGAUUCAUAGUAAAGCGGCGUUUUCGCAGCACUGUCAUGAUUUGAUGUGCGGCACAUGCAUGCAAUGAACAAGACGACCGCGCGAGAUAUUUAGAAAUGUAGAGGAGCUGAAUUUGCAGGACCGUGGUAGGCUAAAACACGUCUGAGGAGGUCAGCAGAGUAAAUUUCAGCUGCAGCUCUGAGUCCAAAUGGGCUUUGCAGAGCAAUCCCAGAAACACUGACGUUGAAGUUGCAUGGGGCUAUUUUCUUCUCUGCGAGCGGUUCUCCUCCUGCACUGUCCUCUUGUUUUCACUACUUCAGAUAUAAUCAAGACUGGCAAGAAUUACACCAAAGCGUAUGAGAGCAUCAUCCUUCUUUGCAAAAAGGAGAAGGUCAAAAUUGGAACCUGCUUGGUCAGUCGUUUAAGAUGUUACUAUAAGAAAGACUGUGGCAGGGAGUACAUGUUAAUGAAACUGAUUUGUUCAGUGAGCUCAAACCAGAGCAGUCAUGCUCAUGAGUACCCAGACUGCCAAGAAGGGGGUAAUGAAGCCAGCCUGCUGGUGUCCCCUUUGGUGGUGGCUGGCAUCGUCAUCGGCCUGGUGCUCUUCCUCUCCUGCGUCACCAUCAUUGUGGGCAGUCUGCGCAAAGACAGCCGACUGCGCAACCCCCACCUGCGUGCCAGCUACGCUCCAGAUGGCCUCUCAUAUGGUGGCUCCAUUGGAGAGCUGAGGUCCACUUGCGUUGAGGACUUUCCCCCUGCUUUUGACUUUGACUCCUAUGUGGAGACACUGUCUCAAGUCAACGUCAUGUACCCAGAUUCCCCACCUCAUUACGAUGAAUGUGUGGGACAAGGGACGCAAAUAUAUGUUCCAACGGACGAUCCACCCCCCUACUCCCUCACAGACCCAUGCCGUGAGCAGCCAGCCUCACACUAUCACAGAGAGACGGAGGAUCUGCCCGCUGGUGCUUCCUGGGUGUCAGCAAGCAGCUCUUCCCUAUACCCAACCAGACUACGGGACUUCAGACACCAGCCAAUCGCCUCCAUCUCUUUGUCAGCCUUACCUUUAGAAGAAGCGCCCCCAUACGAGGCAGUAGUGAGUGAACAAAACCAGCCCCUUCCUCUGAUGCCCCUGGAUCUGCUCAAACACACUACAGUGGACAGCAGUCCUCAGGACAGCGUUUCCCACAGGAUCCUGUAAUCCUGACCUCUCCAGCACACUCAUGCGUCACCGGUACCAAACCAGCUUUGAGAGGGACUUCUUUGUGUGGCUGAGGUCUCCCGAGUCAAGAGCUGAAACCGACACCUGCUAAAGCCCACAAUUACCUCACUUCAGCUGACACGGACACUGCGCCUCCUGUUUUAUCUGACACAGUGGGAGCCACCAUGAGAGCACAGGGCUAUCGACCACUUUUUGUGCGUCACCUCACCUUGUCUUUUGCUUAUGGUGUAAUUAUGUCAACGUGCGUCUUCUCUUACUGGUAGACUUAUAGAUGAUUUCAACUUCACAAGUACCACAGCUAAUUUCAGUGCCCUUUUGGAUGCCCUGACAUUAAAAAGAGCAGAAAGCCUCUCAAUAAACAUCACCUGGAGAAAUUAUGUAGGAAUAGAAGUUUACCUUUCUUUUUAGUGUGAAAAUUUGAGUGUUCCUGCAUGAGUGACUAUUUACACUUGACUGUCUAUUACAACCUUUUUUCUCUCUCUCUUUUUUUUUUUUUUUUUUAAAUUUAGGGUUGGUUUUAACUAUUUAUGUUUUGUAAUCUGAAAAGUUUUUUUAAAAAUAAUGUUUUGUAAAUUUCAUAGAAUAACUAGCAAAGAUGAGAAAUUACCUUUAAAGCAAUUUGAAUGUCAUCAGAAAAUCGAUAUGCUUUUAAUCCAUACUUUUUUACUCACAAUUUCUUUGCUCCUUACAUCAGUGGUUCUCAACCAAAGGGUAAUUUCCAGCCCCAAAAGUCUUAAAAUUAUUUAUAUAAUAUUAAUUAAAAUACUGAAAAAACAAACAAAAAAAACGAUAUACAACAUUAAACUGGCAUCAUAUUUUUAAAGUCAUCAUGAAAUUAAAAUUGACAAUAUGCAGUAAUAAUUAAAAAUGAUUUAUCCAUGCACCUCAUUAGUUUUUUUUACUUUGUGUAUCCUAGUAAUCUUUAAUCAAAAUAACUUCCCCUCCCUCUUGCUGCAGCAGCAUCUCUCUAUUCUCUAAGGAUGCGUUUACUGGCACGAAACAAGCUGUCGCUCACAUGAGCAAUACCAAACCACAACCAUCCAAUCCAUUCCCAAUGGACAAAAUCAUGUCCUGUCCUUUUGUCUUGUUCGAGAAGCCGUUUCACUCAGAUAUACAUCACAGUUGAGAAGAAAAGAUGUCUCAACUUUUAUUUCAUGCUGACUUUAAUUUAGAUUAUUGUCUUGGACAAAAGAGGGCCUUGGAGUCAAAAAGGUUGAGAACCACUGUUUUACAUCUAGUUCAUAGAUCACUGUGAUUUCUUUAUAUUUCCUUCUUUUUGCAGAGACUACUGUUUUCCUAAAGACUCCUGGCAAUGCUAAUUUUCAAAUGCAUCUGAAGAUCUUAUUAGGAAAACAGCAGAUGUGCGAUAAAUAUAAUAUCAAUGCGUAUGACAAAUACAAACUAUAGUUAGAAAGGGCUGUAGGGGACACUUUGCAAAAGGGUGUAAACAAUUUUACAUUGUUCUCCUAAACUGCAUUGAUGCUGUGUGCAUUAUAACAUAAGAGCUAAGACUGGACCUAAGUAGCUCAAUAGCAAAGCCGUUGUAGCAUUGAUGUCAAAAUGAAAUGAAACAUAAGGUAGUUCUUGCUGGACACAAUCUGUGCUUCCAAAACAUUCAUCUAUCAGAUUUGUUCCUGUUUUUGUUCUAACAUUUCCCACUUCAUUCAUUGUAACACAGUGGUUUCCCUGCACAUGCAUGUAUCUGAUAUACAAUGUGCCUAUUAAUUAACAUGACUGUUAGAUUGCUAAAGAAACUUUAUUUCCACCCAUUUGUUUUUGGUUUGUCUUACCUUUUAAUGUCACUUAUGAAACCAAUAUAAAUAGUCAACUCCAGAAUUAUUGGCACCCUUGGUAAAUAUGAGCAAAGGGGGCUUUGGAAAUUAAUCUACAUGUUUAUCCUUUUGAUCUUUCAUUAAAAAAAUCACAAAAUUCUAACCUAUCAUUGAAGUAAAACAGUGGAAAGGGAGGGAUGUUUCACGUUGGCCACAAUUAUUGGCACUCAAUUAUUGCAAUGUUCUUUUCCAAGAUAACAGCUCUGAGUCUAAUGCUUGAUAAGUUUGGAGGACACCUGACAAGAUAUCAGAGACCAUUCCUUCAUACAGAAUCUCUCCAGAUCCUUUUUUAGUAUUUGGUAGAAUCCAUGUAUCUGACCCAGAUGUCCAGGACCUCCAGCAAAAAAAAAAAAAGAAAAAGAAAAAAAAAAAAAGCCCACAACAUUAAAGAUCAAGCAGUAUAUUUAACAAUGGGGUACUUUUCAUCCCUGUUUGCACCAAACCCAUCUGGUGGAUUUGCUGCCAAAAAAGCUCUUUUUUUAGUUUCAUCUGACCAUAGAACCAGGUCCCUUUUGAAGUUUCAGUCGUGACUGACAACUGAAUAUGCUGGAGUUUGUUUUUGGAUGAGCUUUUCCUUGAAACCCUCCCAAACAACUUAUGGUGAUGUAGGUGCUGUUUGAUAAAAAAAUGUUUAGGCUUUCUGACCCCAAGACUAAGCUAAUCUCUGCAAUUCUCCAGCUGUGAUCUUUGGACAGUCUGGCCACUCAAACUCUCCUCCUCACUGUGCAUUAGACAAACAUCCUCUUCCAGGAAGAUUUGUAACAUCUUUAGUUGAUUGAAAAAUCUUAAUUAAUGCCUUGAUGGUGGAAAUGGAGAUUUUCAAUGCGUUAGCUAUUUCCUUACAGCCACUUUUUAUUUUGUGAAGCUCAACAAUCUUUUGCUGCACAUCAGUACUAUAUUCUUUGGCUUUACUCAUUGUGAUGAAUGAUUAAGUCACCCUUAAUCCUAGUCACCCUGGUGUGCUAAAAGAAAAUGUA